CAGUCAAAGUGACUGAAAAAUUUGUCAAACAAAAGUGUAAAAUCAAAUAAGAAAUACAUUUAAAAGGAGCUUAUUAUGGACCUAAACAUGAAACCUUCUCUGGCUGCCGACGAAAUGUUUUCUGAAGGGCCUGGCUACAUGGAAAUGGACGAGUCUGGAGGUGCUACGGGAAUGAUGAUGGAUCAUCUCCCAGCUAACGAUAAGCAUGUCCACGCCGACUUCUAUAAUGACUUCGAUGAUCUGUUUGAUGAAGACAACUGGGCCAAGAUUAAGAGCUCCGCGGACAUUGCGAAGUAAUAGGGUUUAGUGCACCAGAAGUUGCACUUCUUUCUGCGCAAUCUUACGCGAUAUAUGUAUUAAAACACGAUUCAAUUAUUGAUUAAUCGCUAUAAUUUAUUCAUUUGGUUUAUAUAACUAACGUAAAUUGCCAGGUGAAGAUAGUGCGGAAUUGGACUUAAACUUUGGCGUGGCGUUAAAACAAAGAAAUGCAAAAUUUUGUACAAUCUCAAACUAUUAACUAAAUUUAAAAUAUCGAACUGAGUUGCAGGUGGAAUGAAGCAAACGUAAUCAAGAUAAAUACAAAUGUACACAUAAAACUA